AUGUCACAGGAUGAUGCAGUCAUUCGCCCAUAUGAUCACGAUGCUGACAACAAGCUGGUCAGAUUCAUGGUUGCAAAGUCUACCAUGGAACCACUUGCUAUCGCAAACAGGAAAGCUAUCCUUCACCCGUUAACUAUAACUAUAUGGGUCGCUCUAUCGUCUGUAGCCGUGCAGUUGCUCGGUUGGUGGCCAGACGCCCAAUACGGUGUCUGGGGUUACCUACGUCCCUUACCUGCAUUCGCGGCACUCUUCCUACCGUUCAUUUUCUCCAUUGACUGGUACCAGCGUCCUCAAUUUGACGCAAACUCAGUAGAAACGUUGAAACGACCGGAUAUGAACGACAUCAAGGAAUACUACGGGCGCUCGCCAAGUUCUGGCCUGUGGAUAUAUGAGUACGGAAAUAACUUUGUAGGACUUAUCGCUGUCGACGCCUCGGUUGAUUCCCUUUCGGAAGAGACGUUGUCGUCGCCCUCGCAGAGAGUAGAACGACAAGGCAAGGGCAAAGAGCGUGGUAGUUCAGGUUCGAGCACAGGAGAUUCUACAAUAGCAGUAGUCCGUCACUUGUAUGUCGCGGAGCAGUAUCGUAUUGCUGACGCGCAGGACGACCUUAUUUCUUUUGCCCUGGAGCGCGUGUUCGGCACCUCGAGCUCUGUCGAGCGCAUCAGGAUCAUACCUUCGCCUCUUAUAACAUACCUCGGUCCUUCAUUGAGAAAGGCUGGCUUUGAAGUGAUCGGACAGGGAGACCAAAUUGGAGUUCUGAAAUGGUCAACAUUAAUCUUUGAGCUUACGAGAGGAAAAUGGGAGAACCCCGCCUCGUAAAGGACGUAGAUGUACAUUUGUUCCUUUUGAUUUUCGACGAGUUUUAUAUAGGGUACUAAUAGUAUUUUCGUAAAUUG